GUUGUUUUGGCCAUCCUAUAAAACCCUACUUCUGCGCACAUCUUUCACCCCCACCAUCACCAUGCCGAUCGACUACAGAGCCUACCCGCACAUCGUGGACACCAUCCUGCGUGCGUGCGAUUACUCCACGAUCCUGGCGUGGAGGGCCACGUCGCGCCACUUUCGCUUCGCGCUCCACGACCGCUUCGCCCUCGAGCACCUGACGGUGGACACGCGUGGGCGGCGUCGGCGCCCCAUUAUGCGCAACAAGCAGGGGCUCGUGCCAUCCGCGUUCGCUGAUUGGGACGCGCAGCAGGACUUCGGCCUAGGGUGGGAUUGGGGUUCGGAUUCGGACGACUCCGAGUACUUUCCUCCCGGAUGUGGACGGUGGGGACGGGGGGACUACAGCGACCCAUUCUCGGACGAGACGGACAGCGCCACGGAGUCAGACUCAGAAGACGGCGACGAGCUCGCACGCCGCGCGGCCGCCGAGCUGCGCGAGGUCGAGGCCUGUCCCCGCUGCCAGGAGUGGGAGGCAGCCAUCCUUGCCCAGCUGCCCCAGGCGUGUGCGCAGGCCGACGAGAUCGCGCGCUACGUCGACGCAGUGGAGUUGUACGAGAAGCGCGUCUUCGCGGACCAGCAGGCGGGGUACGACCACGACUGGGACCAGGAGGCGCUGUCGGACAUGCACCUCUCGAGCGAGUAUCAGUCCACGCUCGGUUCCAGGCCGACCAUGCCUGUCCUGCAGCCCCUUUCGCCUGACCCUGACGAGCUGGCGGACCACGACGGGCACGCGCACGCGCACGAGACAGCGAACAUGAGAUUCUGGGCGGCACAAACUAAGCAUGUCGCCCGCAGGAAGGAGGCGUUCGCGCGCGCCGCCGCUAAAGUCCGUGUGCUCGACGUGCCGGGCGCCGCGCUCUUGCACGGCCUCGAGGCGUUCACAGGGCUGGAAGUGAUCCGCUACGUCGGCCAGCCAAACUUGUCCCCGGCCUGGGUCGCGCUCGGCGCCCCAAUCGUUGUGCGCUUCCUCGACCUCACGCCGGCACCCGGAAGGUGGUGGGAGCCAACCUUCGAGCCGGACUGUAUCGCUGCCAACGACGUGUGGGACGUUCACCAUCCCCGCAGCUCCAGUCUCUGCCAUAACCGCCUCGAUCUGUAUCGCCCAAUGAAGAAGAUGGUGGUCAGCAUAACCUACCAUCCCGAGCACGCACUUAUGCCCUCAAGCAUUGCCUAUACCGAGAAUGCCUACCUCGCCAAUCCCCAGCUGGAGCACGUCGUCGUCAUUCUUGUGCCCUCGACAAAACCGGCUCCAUCUUGUCCAAUGCCCUCCAAGUAUUCUGAGGGCCACCCAUACAACUGCAAGGCGGUGUGCCGGCUAUUUGGCGGCGUUCACCAUGGCAAGUACGGGUAUGGGCCUGCGACACUCAUCGUGGAGCAGACCAUGGACUACUACUGCCGCUUCGUCGACAGCUAUUUCGGAGUGCGCCCUCGGCCACAUCUGACUGUCGUGGGUCUCGUGGAGCUAGGGAAUGCGGCCAUUGACCUCCACGGGGACGGGACGGAGAUGCAUUACGAGGGUGACGUUCCCUUUGCCACCCUCAGCACGGCCGAGAGAAUAUACGCCAGAGCCACUCGCCACAUCAAGAGCCAACAAAGGUGGGAUUUUGAGUGGAGUCGUGCUGCUCAGAUCGCGCGCGACUUCAUGCGAUUGCUGAGUUUGGACGAGUAUAGGAACGAGGUCGGCGAGGAGCAGUUCCGACUGGAGACAGUGCCUCCAUCGGUACCGACCACACUCGUGUACUCGCGUCGUUAUUAGUCUGCUAUGCAAUGCCACCAGCUUGUUAGUCUGGUUAUGCCU